UGACAUGAGGCAAGAAUCCUGUUUACCCGUGAUCGCAAGAUAUGUCUCUACGUAUCGUCUUGAAUCCUUUCACCUCUCACUUUACAAUUUCAAUCACUUGACAUCUACCAGAUCAUUCAUACAGCAGAAUGUCGACCGAAGACGCAUUCACAUUCUUGCCGCAGGGCGCCAUCAUCCAGGAGCUUCGCAUUGCGGGGCACAACAUCGUUCAAGGUUUCCCUACCGCGGAGCCUUACCAGACCAAAAACUCGGCCUACUUUGGUGAGACGAUUGGACGUGUCGCGAACCGCAUCAAGAACGCCGAGAUUCAAAACUUGAACGGAAAGUCGUACAAACUCACUGCAAACAACGGACCCAAUGCCCUGCACGGAGGCCCGGAUGGCUGGGGCAAAAGGACCUUCGAAGGACCCAUCCCUGUCAACAGGAACGGCACAGAAGCUGUUCAGUUCAAGUAUCUGAGCAAGGACGGCGAAGAAGGCUAUCCCGGAACUGUAGAGCUCCGCGUUUGGUAUGCUGGAAGCAAGAAGAACGAGGGAGGCGUAGAGAAGACGCAACUCGAGAUCGAGUACGAGGUUGAGCUCGUUGGAGAUGAAGUUGAGGAGACAGUGGUUUCGGUCACCAAUCACAGCUACUUCAACAUCUCUGGUGGUGAAACUAUCGAGGGCACGGAAGCUACUCUGAUGACCGAUCAGCACAUGGUUGUCGACGACACCGACAUUCCAACCGGCGAAGUCAAGGCUUUCCCUGGUGUUGAAGCCGAGAAGGCCUUCACAUUAGGAGCUGUCGACCCUGAUAUCGACCACUGCUUCGUCAUCAACACCGAUCCAUCAAGCGUUUCUCUGGACACGAGAUCCGAGACUCCCCGCAAGCUGUGCUCGUUCUUCCACCCUACCACAAAGCUUCACUUCGAGGUUCUCAGCACCGAGCCCGCUUUCCAGUUCUACACUGGCAAGUACAUCGACAUUCCGGCUGUCGACGGUGCACCUGCACGUGGUGCGCGUGCCGGCUUCUGCGUUGAGCCCAGUCGUUACAUUGACGCUGCGAACAACAACGACUGGAAGAAGAUGGUGCUCCUAAAGAAGGGUCAGACUUACGGAAGCAAGAUCAUCUACCGAGGAUGGAAGGAGUGAUUGCCAGCAUCAUAUUUGACUUGACAUCAUACAU